CUGACGGAGACUCGCGUCACAGGGUGUCUCUCGCGAGCGUCAACAAAGCUGAAGCAGCAGCUAGCUGUCAGCUAACGAAGCUAAUACCGGAGCUAACCGGCGGAGCGUCUGUCCGGUGGAACAUGAACUAUCUUCCGUCUUCAGCCCGAUGAGUUUACAGCCGGCGGGCAGCGGCUCACUGAGGACUUUUAGUACCGGAACGAGAUGGAGGUGAAGACGAUGGGUCGAUCCCCCCGAGAGGAGCUGGAGGACGGAGAGAUCUGCGACGAUGAGAUCGAGGAGAGUGUUCCUCUGCGGCGGGGGGAUGGUAGGAGGCCCGGCCGCGGCGCUCAUCCACGGACACGGAAACCUCACCACAACCUGCUGCCACACAACAUGAACCACCAGCCGCCGGACUUCCGUCUCCUGAUGCCCUACAACCGGGGUCCUCACGGCCCGUUCCCACCGAGCCACCGGGACCGGCAGCAGCAGUGCGGGCCGAGCCUUCCUGACCGGCCUCCCAACGCCACCCCGCAGCCGCCUCCGCUGCUGCUGCCGCCGCCGGGGCUCCUCGGUCCGCACGGCGAGCCGAAUCCGAGGACGAGCUUCUGGGAGCGGAGCCACGGCACUCUGGGCCGGUUCAGGCACCGGGCCAUGCCGAACGGGGGACGAGGAGGGUGGAACCGGGGCUGCCGGGGCGGUGGAGGUAACACCAGAGGUCCCCCCGGUCGGUACGGGCCCGGAGAGAGUCACGGUAACAAGAAAGACUCUCCCAUGAGGAAACAGAAGCAGAUGGGGAGGAACCAGACCAGGAAACCACCUCCCAGUGUUCCCAGACCAGAGACCAGUAUGGACGAGUCCUUCGAGGACCUGCUGUCCAAGUAUAAGCAGAUUCAGCUAGAGCUGGAAUGCAUCCGCAAAGAGGAAACGAUGGCUCUGGAGCCCACUAGAGACCACAGCCAAGACAACACCGCCAGUAUUACAGAGACCAGACCAGUACCCAGACCAGUAUCCGGACCAGUGCCCGGACCAGUACCAGUAGCAGCAGAAGAUAUGACAGAGCUGGAGAAGGCGGAGGAGAAGAAAGUGUUCCAGGCGUUCAACAUCAAACCUCUCCGUCAGAGACUUCCUCCUCCCGCCAGUCUGGAGGAGCUGAAGAAGAAGAGUGGUGAGCAGGAGAGAGGAGGCGCCGACGGUGAUGAUGAAGAAGAAGAAGAAGAAGAAGAAGAAACACAAGAAGCAGAAACGGAACAAACUGCUGAAGAAGAGUCGCAGGACAUGAAGAAGAAGAAAAAGAAGAAGAAGAAGAAGACGACGAAUCUGUGCAGCAGCGUCGAGACCCCCGAAGAAGAGAAGACUGAACAGACAGAAUCAUCGGCCUCCAGCGAGGAGUCGCUCGUCUCUCCUGACAAGCCGUUGGUGAAGGUGAAGGUGGAGGAGGAGGAGCUGUCGGAGCUACAGCUGCGCCUCCUGGCACUGCAGUCGGCCAGUAAGAAGUGGCAGCAGAAGGAGCAGCAGGUGAUGAAGAAGAGCAAAGACCGGAUCACUAAAGCGGUCCAGGAGAAGAGCUCCGUCUCCGGAGCUACUCCACCCAGCAGGCAGAGAGUCACCACCAGGUCCGCCUCCGUCGCUGCCGCCGCCGCCGCUGCUGCAGAGAGGAACAGAAUGGGGUCCAGACUUCUGGACAGGAACCGAGACAGAACCAAGACCGUGCCCAGACCAGAGGACAGAGACAGAGAGAGGCCCAAAGCCAGUCCUAAACCUGGUCCCAAAGCUCCACUGGAGAGAGGCCGAGGUCCAGGGAAAGGUCACCUGGCUAAGAAGAUGAUCAGCCCAGGUGAGAAGGGCUCGGCGGCGAAGCAGGUGUUCAGAAAGCAGCAGCUGAGGACGUGGAAGCUGCAGCAGCAGAGGGAGCAGGAGGAGAAACGGCGACAGGAAGAGGAGGAACGACGCAAACGAGAAGACGAGAUCCGACGGAUCCGGGAUCUGUCCAAUCAAGACGAGCAGUACAACCGCUUCAUGAAGCUGGUGGGAGGAAAGACGAGGACGCGCAGUAACACCAGAGAUGGAGAACACAGGAAGUCUGCAGGUAAACCUGGACUGGACGCCUCGGGGAACCUCUAUCAGUAUGACAACUACGACGAGGUGGACAUGGACACGGACAGUGAAACCGGAUCACCAGUGGCGUCUUCGACACACAACCAGCUGACCGGAGACGACCCUGCAGGUUUCCCUCAGCCGUCUCCGUACGCCCCUGACUGUCCUCCAUUUGGACCGGAUGUCUCUCAGCCCUUCCUGUCCCCCAUACUGUCUGGUGUCCCCCCUCCACCUCCACCUCUCCCCCCUCCACCAGAGGAGCUGGAGCCUCCUCCCAAACCUCCCUUCGCUGAUGAGGCGGAGGAGGAGGAGAUGCUGCUCAGGGAGACCUGUCUGAUGUCUAUGGCCAACAAGAGGGUGACGUCCUCAGAGGAGAAGAGCUCCAGCGGUCCUCCGUCUCCAAGCUGUCAGCCAUCUGCAGGCCUUCAGCAGCCAAUCAGAGGGAACCUGAGCACCGUCAGUCUGAACACUGUCACUCAGUCACGAAGCAACAAAUUUACCAGAGGCCACCACCCUGCCAGAGCUCCACUGGUGCUGCCCCGACACAAAUCAGUGGUGGUUUCUCUCUACGACUCUGACGACUCCGACGACAGCGACUCCAACAUGGACGCCUGCAGCUCCACACAGGGGCCGUUUGGAGGGCUGGAGUUCAUGAUCAAAGAGGCCCGGAGGACUGUGGAGGCGGCGAAGCCUAAAGCAGCGUUCAGGGCCGAGAAGGAGAACAACCCGGUCCGGACUCCAGAGGCUCUACCUGAAGCCAAGAGAGCCGAGUACCGAAUGCUCAAAGAGGAGAUCGCCAGCAGGGAGAAGCAGAAGAUGAUGAAGGAUCACAGUCCUGGUCCUCGGAGCACCGUGUCUCCUGCUGUCCGAGAGACUGAAGCAGAGCAGAGACUCAACAGACACAGGGAGCUGCUGCAGAGAGACGAGACCAUCCUGAGACAUCUGCUCCAACAGGAGCUGAAGAAGACAGAGUCUCUGAAGGCUGCUGAGGCCAAAGUGUCCAGACUGAAGGAGCAGCUGCAGGCGUCGGAGAAGAUCGUCACCGCCAACAGGACAUUGCUGAAGAAGCUGCAGGAGCAGGUGCAUCGUGUAGAACAUCGGGUGUCCAUAAAGAAGAGUCUGUCGGUCCAGUUGGAGCGGGAGCUGACUCAGGCUCAGCUGGCUGCAGGCAGAACAUUUAAACGUAGAGCUGACUCCAACCAGACUCUGCCCAGUAAGCUGCAGCGGUUGGGCGGAGCUCCUCACAGGUCGGACCGUCACUUUGCAGAGCUGAUCGCUCAGAAGCAGCAGCUGCAGCAGCUGGAGUCGGAGUACGCUCUGAAGAUCCAGAAGCUGAAGGAGACCCAGGCGCUGCGUAACAGAACCCCGUUAGAGCUGCCCACGGAGACCCCACUACUAGCCUCCACCCCUCCUGAGCCUCAGAGCCAGAACCUGCCUCCCUCCCCCCACUUCCCUAUACCACAGCCCUCCCUGCACGACCUCACCCAGGACAAGCUCACCCUGGACAGCGAGGACCUCCCCGAGGCCGACGACCACGAAUCAGAAUCGGUGCCUGCGCCUGCCACAGGAGCCCGCCGGAACUCCCUCCGUCAGUCCAGCAGCUCGUUCACCAAACCCCACCUGGAGCAGCUGAGCUCCACCCCGUCUAAAGACGGCAGCACCAAACCUGCCAAGACCUCCGCCAGCUGCAAGCUUCCUGCACAGAUGUUUGCAGGGCUGGACCUGGAGGCUCUGAAGCUGAGGUACCAGCAGCAGGCCCGGCUCGGAGAGCUGCUGCAGAGGGAGCUGCAGACGGUGGGGGAGCAGGUCCACAGCCCCUCCGCUGGACAGGCGGUCUCAGUGGAGGUGGACACAGCCACAAGCCAAUCGGAGAGCUCCGAGCCUAAGCCUUUUCCCUUAGAACCCUAUCACAGUCCUCUGCUGGUCUUCAGGUCCUACAGGUUCAGUCCGUAUUACCGGACCAAGGAGAAGUUAUCACUGAGCUCCGUCACAUACAGCAACACCAUCGAACCCAGAAAGACUUUCUGUCGCUUUGACCUCACAGGAACCUGCAACGAUGACGACUGCAGAUGGCAGCAUAUGAGGAACUGCACUCUGACUGGAAACCAGCUGUUCCAGGACAUCCUGUCCUACAACCUGUCUCUGAUCAGCUGCUCUGAGGUCAGCUUGGACGAGGACAUCAGCGUCUCCACAGAGAAGUACAUGAAGAAGCUGUUUGGCACCAACAAAGACCGGAUGGGCGUCGACCAGAAGGCUGUCCUCCUCGUCAGCAAAGUGAACGAAAGCAAACGACACGUCCCUCCAUACACUACAUGUAAAGACACGAGGACAUGGAGGCCGAAGCCGUCGGCACAGAGCAGCUUCAGCCCGGAGGACGACAGCGAGGACGAGUCAGCGGGAGGAAACCUGGCGGUGGGGAGACACGACGGUGUCUCGCGGAUCUGCCUGUCUGCUCUGGACGUCUGCGUCACAUCGGAGGACAAACGUUAUUUUAUAAGUGAGACGGACGACAUAUCAAACCUGGAGACCAGCGUCCUGGAGAGUCCCCGAGACGCCCAACUGUGGAUCAAGUUAGCCUUCAAGUACCUCAAUCAGAAGGAGACGUCUGCAGCAGAGUGUUUGGAAGCAGCCCUGAACACGCUGUCUCGUGCUCUGGAGAGUAACUGUGAGAACCCGGAGGUGUGGAAUCACUACCUGUCCCUGUUCUCCAGGCGAGGCAGCCGGGCGGAGGUCCAGGAGAUGUGUGAGAUGGCGGUGGAGCACGCGCCCGACUACCAAGUGUGGUGGAACUAUUUGCAGCUGGAGAGCUCGUUCGAGGGUAAAGACUACGUAUGUGAUCGUCUGCUGCAGUUCCUCGUCUCUGAGGCGUCUCCUGGCGUCUCUGACAGACUGUCCUUCCAGCUGAUGGAGGCUCUGCUCUACAGAGUCCACCUCAACCUGUUCACCGGCCGCAUGGAGAGCGCGCUGGCCAUCCUACAGAACGCCUUGAAAUCGGCCCACGACCGGAGCAUCGCCGAGCACCUGACGGCCAGCGACCGGGCGCUGCUGUGGCUCUCCUUCAUCCACCUGACGGAGUUCGACCGGCUGCCGGCCGGCCUGUCGGACCCGGCCGAGUCCGGUCCGUCCAGACUGGUCAGCAGGGAGUCCUUCCUGCUGCCCUGGAGGACGCCGCAGGACGUCAGCACGCCGCUCCACAUCCUCAUCGCACUCUUCCAAGACGCCGUCCAUCAGUGCAGCGAUGAGUCCCUGUCUCCCAGCCAGAGGACGCUGGCCUGCCUUCCUCUGCACACCAACCUCAUCUUCCUCAACCAGCUGCUGGACAGGUUGGACGAGGGCGUGGCUCUGUGUGAGUCUCUGCUGGCGGUUUGUCCCGAGUCGUGCGUUCUGAGAGACGCUCUGGCCAACCUCCACAUCAGGAAGGGGAACCCAGACCAGGCGGUCAGCAUGUGGCUUCACGCUCUGGCCGAGUGUCCCAACAACGCCGAGGUCUUCUAUCACUCCUGCAACUUCCUCAUGGCUCAGGAGCAGUCGAGCGCCAUCACUCCCCUGUUUCGAGGGUUCGUUCUGUCGCUGUGUGAGGACGAGCAGAGUCAGAGGAAGCCGUUGGACGUCCUGCGACACGUCCUGGGUUUCCCAUGCGAGGAGCUGCUCAGAGGUCCAAUCAUCAAGGAGCUCCAGGAGCAGCUGAGCCAGCAGAUGGCCUACCUCCACCUCAUCCACUGUCGCUGGCAGUGGCUGCACGGCUCUGUGGACGACACGGUGGACGCCUUCGAGAGAGCGCUGGGGACAACCAUAAAACUGGACGAGCUCCACAAACUCUGGAUGGAUUACCUGGUGUUCAGCAGCAGUCAGCAGGCCCAACGUUCGUCCAAACGGUUCUCAGAUCUGGUCCAACGCUGUCUGAGCACCGUCCCGUCUCGACUGGAGGUUCCCUUUAACCCAUCAGAGUUCUGGAGCUGCUACACCUUCCACAACAAGGUGGUGACUCUGUACUUGAGCUGUCUGCCGCUGUCCCAGCAUGCACUGGUCCUGGAGAGACUGAGAUACGCCAUGCCCAACAACACAGAGCUGGGCCUGAGGUUGCUGCAUCAGGAGUGGCAGGACGGAAAUAUUGAACACCUGAAGUUCCAGGUCCGGAUGUUGAGCAGUCACGCGCCAAAGUGUCUGGUCUACUGGGAGAUAGCUUUAGCUGUGGAGAGGGAGCUCAAGGAGCCAUCUGAGGUUCGUCUACUGUAUCAGCAGGCUCUUCACAACCUUCCACUGUGUGCUGCCCUGUGGAAACAUCGCCUGCUGUUUGAAGCAGCUGAAGGAGGUGGAUCGGAGCGCCUGAGGAAGCUGGUGGACAGGUGUGAGCAGGUGGGAGUGAGGCUGGUGGACAGGUGUGAGCAGGUGGGAGUGAGUCUCAGUGAGUCUCCAGAGCAGACAGACCGUCAGUGACACUCUUCAUCAUCAUCAUCAUCAUCAUCAGUAGUAAUAAACAGUAAACAGAUAUCAGCCGAGGUAAGACAGACAGACGGACAGAUGGACGGACAUCCUUCACACCUGAUCCUGUCUGGAGCUGCUGAUAUGUCCCCAUCAUGUACGUAAGUAUCGAGCUGCUGAUUCAUGUCCUCCCCAACCCCCCCACCCCCACCCCACCCCUCCUGAUUUCCUCCUGUAGUGAUGCUGCAACAUCAUCUGCACGUUGUCUUUUCUUUUAUUAAGACUUUUAUUUUGUUAAAGUGAUAAAAGCAGACAAACUGAGUAUUUUCUAUUUGGUCCGGUCCGGUCCGGUCUGAGAGACUCUGAGCCCCAGAAACUGAUCCAGCUGCAGGACUCGCUGACGUGCGCUCAUGUUUUUUUGUCCAUAUAAUGAUUAAAGAGUAUUAAAGAGGACAGUGUUGUUGUUUACAUGUUGGAUUCACUGUUAAUAAAUGAUUUUAUAAAGAGAAAACGAACUGUC